AUGAUUGAAAUGGAGUUCACCACCGCAGCGGAAUUUGUUAAGGCUUAUCAGGCCACUCGAAAUGCAUUUGAUUCCAAAGUUACCAGGGGGAUAAACUGGAGAAUUCGGCAGUUGAAGCGUACGUGGUGGAUGAUCGAGGAGAACAAGGAUCGUAUUGUUGCGGCGCUUUACAAAGACUUGAAGCGACAUCGCCAGGAAACAAUAUUGUCCGAUUGUACAAUGGUCCAGAAUGACAUUCUACACAUUCUGGCGAAUCUAAACGAGUGGAUGCGGGACGAGAAGCCGACCAGAUGGGAUAUGAUUAAUUUCAUGGGUGGCACGACUAUACGCAAAGAGCCCAAGGGCGUGGUGCUCAUCAUCGGCGCCUGGAAUUUUCCAAUAUUACUCCUCUUGCAUCCAAUGCUAGCGGCUAUCGCUGCAGGGUGUGCGAUAAUACUCAAGCCAUCGGAUAUGGCGCGCGCGUCCCAGGACUUACUCAUGGAACUCGUUCCGCAAUACUUGGACCCCAAUGCUAUUCGUUGUGUCACUGCUGGUCCACAAGAGAUGCAGCAUAUCCUUGGGCACCGAUUCGAUCAUGUGUUUUAUACUGGAUCUGCUAAUAUUGGCAAGAUUGUGUAUACUGCAGCUGCGAAGCAUCUCACGCCUGUCACGCUAGAGCUGGGAGGCCAGGGACCGGCUAUUGUCAUGCCGACUGCGAAUAUUGAGCUCUCGGCCAAACAUAUAGCAGUUACCAAAUUCCAAAAUGCUGGACAGAUCUGCCUCACAGUCAACCAUGUAAUUGCAGAUCCUAAGAUCAGCGAUGCUUUAGCUCAGGCCAUGAUCCGGCACUUCGAUCUUUUCAUGGGCGGCCAAGACAAACAACCUGAGUACUAUACACGCAUAGUGAACGAGCGCAAUUUCGACCGACUAGAUCGCCUGCUCAAGGAGACAAGAGGCAAAAUCGUCUAUGGCGGUCAACGUGAUCGUUCCACGCAAUUCUUCGCACCAACCAUUGUCACCGGCGUGAGACCAGGAGAUAGCUUGCUCUCCGAGGAAUUAUUCGGUCCAAUCCUACCGAUAAUGGAGGCUGACUUAGAUUCCGGCCUCGCUUUCACACGUGAAACUGGCCAACCGCUUGCCUUGUAUGCCUUCACGCAAAACUCAGAUGAGAAACAUCGCAUCCUUGAUGAAGUUCAGUCUGGAGGCGUCACAUUCAACGAUUGUAUGCUGCAUAUCGUAGGCCGCGACGCACCAUUUGGAGGCACCGGCACCUCUGGAUUUGGAUAUUAUCAUGGAUAUCACGGUUUCCGCGAGUUUUCUUACCUGCGCACUUGUACAAAUGCUAUGCCGGCGUGGAUGGAGUCGUUGAUGGAUGCACGAUAUCCACCGUAUUCAUUGAAAAAGAUCGAAAAGCUUUCGCCGCCUGUGAAACCUGGCUUUGAUCGCGAUGGGAAUGAUACUUCAACGCGGAAAUUGUGGAGAUGGACGUUCGGUCUGGGGGUACUUGUGGUUUCCAUGGCCAUCCGGCAUAUUUUGGGGCAAAGUUCACGUCGGCCGUAG